CCCGCCGCUCCCUGGUGUGUCCCUCGCCCGCCGCCGUAGCCUGCCCCCGCUCCGCGGCGUGAGGGGAGCCCAGGCCGCAGCGGCUCCGGUCGCCCCGCCGAGCCCGAUGUGAGCCGCCCCGCGGCGGGGCCAGGCAGCGGGGCCAUGAAGAAGGACGUGAGGAUCCUGCUGGUGGGAGAGCCCAGAGUUGGGAAGACGUCACUAAUUAUGUCUCUUGUCAGUGAAGAAUUUCCAGAAGAGGUUCCACCACGAGCUGAAGAAAUCACCAUUCCAGCUGAUGUCACCCCUGAAAGAGUGCCAACCCACAUAGUGGAUUAUUCAGAAGCUGAGCAAAGUGAUGAGCAGCUUUACCAUGAAAUAUCACAGGCAAACGUGAUUUGUAUAGUAUAUGCUGUUAACAACAAGAAUUCUAUUGAUAAGGUAACAAGUCGAUGGAUUCCUCUCAUCAAUGAAAGGACAGACAAAGAUAGCAGGCUGCCUCUUAUAUUAGUUGGAAACAAGUCUGAUCUAGUGGAAUAUAGCAGUAUGGAAACUAUCCUUCCCAUUAUGAAUCAAUAUACAGAGAUAGAAACAUGUGUAGAGUGUUCAGCCAAAAACUUGAAGAAUAUAUCUGAGCUAUUUUAUUAUGCACAGAAAGCUGUUCUACAUCCUACAGGCCCUCUUUAUUGUCCAGAGGAGAAAGAGAUGAAACCUGCCUGUAUUAAAGCACUCACUCGCAUUUUUAGGAUUUCUGAUCAGGAUAAUGAUGGCACUCUGAAUGAUGCAGAGCUCAACUUCUUUCAGAGAAUUUGUUUUAAUACACCACUGGCACCUCAGGCUUUAGAAGAUGUAAAGAAUGUAGUCAGGAAAAACCUAAGCGAUGGAGUUGCAGAUAAUGGAUUAACAUUAAAAGGUUUUCUUUUUCUACACACACUUUUCAUUCAGCGAGGAAGGCAUGAAACAACUUGGACUGUUUUACGUCGCUUUGGGUAUGAUGAUGACUUAGAGCUUACACCAGAGUACUUGUUUCCUCCGCUAAAGAUUCCUCAGGACUGCACAACAGAAUUAAAUCAUCAUGCAUACUUGUUUCUUCAGAGUAUUUUUGAUAAGCAUGAUUUGGAUAGAGACUGUGCUUUGUCUCCUGAUGAAUUGAAAGAUUUGUUCAAAGUCUUCCCUUAUAUGCCAUGGGGACCUGAUGUUAACAACACUGUUUGUACAAAUGAAAGGGGGUGGAUUACAUACCAAGGGUUUCUCUCUCAGUGGACACUGACCACGUACUUAGAUGUACAGCGUUGCCUGGAGUACCUGGGUUACUUGGGCUACUCCAUACUUGCAGAACAAGAAUCUCAAGCAUCAGCAAUUACAGUGACAAGAGAUAAAAAGAUAGACCUGCAGAAAAAACAGACUCAGAGAAAUGUCUUCCUAUGCAAUGUUGUUGGAAUGAAAGGCUGUGGGAAAAGUGGAGUUCUUCAGGCUCUUCUUGGAAGAAAUCUAUUUAGACAGAGGCAAAUACGUGCAGAACACAAAUCUUACUACGCCAUUCAUACAGUCUAUGUAUAUGGACAGGAAAAAUACUUGCUGCUACAUGAUGUCAGUGAUGCUGACUUUUUAACUGAUGCUGAGACCAUAUGCGAUGUCGUCUGCCUGGUAUAUGAUGUCAGUAACCCUAAGUCCUUUGAGUACUGUGCCAGGAUUUUUAAGCAGCACUUCAUGGAUAGCAGAAUACCAUGCUUGGUGGUAGCUGCAAAGUCCGACUUGCAUGAAGUUAGACAAGAAUAUAGUAUUUCUCCUGCUGAAUUCUGCAAAAAACACAAAAUGCCUCCACCUCAAGCCUUUACUUGUAACACUAUUGAUGUGCCGAGUAAGGAUAUCUUUGUUAAACUGACAACUAUGGCAAUGUAUCCCCAUGCCCGGUUACGCUGUAUGUGCGCCUGCAACAGGUGUACAUUUUGCAUCUGUCAGAACUUCCUCAACUCAGACUUGCUGCAAUCUGUAAAGAACAAACUCUUCACUGCAGUUCUUAACAGGUGUUCAUUUGUAUUUGUCUGGCUGGCACUUAAUCUCUUUUUACUACAUUGUUUUACCUCUUUUUAAAAGCAAGGUUUCUGCUGGUGUCAUUCUAAUCCUUUCUUUAAUGAUGAGCUUGGAUUUUUUGGCUGCUUUUUUAUUUAACUGCGGAGCAUCCAUUUUAAGUGUGUUUUUCUGCUUUCUUGGUUUUAAAUCAUUCACCUGUUGCCUUUUGCUUGUACAGUAGUGGCAUUUUUCUGUCUAAGCUAAGUUAAUUUCAAAGUAAAAUGGUUCUAAUGCAUGAGAAUUGGGGUUUUGGCCAAGGGAGAAUUCUCAGAGCAUGUUUUUCUCCCAUCUAAGGUUAUUAAAUAUUGUGGAAUACAAGUGAAGUUCUACUUGCAUAUAAAAAAUGGAUGAUUCAAAAAUUAUUUGUAAGAUGAUUCCUUUUUCUAUGAAAACUUUCCUUCUAAAAUUAAAACCAUAGUUUCAUUUUCCUGUAAUAGUGGGAAGGCUUGAAGACAAUAACCCGGGAUUUAUUUUUUACUGUGUGUCAUAUAUGCAAGUAUUUCUCCAAAAUACAGUAUACUGCCAUUAAAUCUAGUGGCAGAAUCUAUCCCUAUCCUUGCACAUCCCCAAAUUGGAACAGUAUAACUGUAUUUUACUUACCUUUUUCCUCCUUCUCUAAACUGUUUGAUGCCCCAUAUUAAGUAGAAACUUGCAAAGCUGCAUCUUUCCAAAUAGAAUAUAUUGAAUUGGCAUUGUACAUUCUUUUUAGGCUUUGCAGAUAAUAAGAUGCACUUGGAGCUUUUCACAUUUUAGAUAACAAAUGCAUGGGGGAAAACUCUUUAACUGCUGGGGUUGGUUUGCAUCUGAGGAAAACCCAUGCCUGAAGGGAAGCUGCAGCAGCUUGUGCAUGUUAACACGAUGGUUUGGAAUUCAGUUGCUUGUAUUUUGUUAGAACCUGUUGUCUGUGGAGCAGGCUUCUGCUGCUGCUUACUGGCUGCAGUAACAUGCUUCUAAUGUUGGUGUGAGUAGCCGUGUGACAAGCCUGUUGGCCUCACCACUGUGCUUUUUAAGAAGCUGUUUCAGUUAAUAAAAGAAUGGUUUUGAACUUUUGUAGUUCAGGUUAAACCUUCCCAGACUUGGGAUUCUCCUGCUGCUGACGUAGGGGAAAGUGUCAGUAUUGGCCCAUAACUCAGCAAUUUUCUGUGUGUAACCAUGACAGGCAUGCUCAGUUAACCUCUUGGUAAGUGCAUGUUAUAAACUUCUUGUGAGUUGUUAAAGCCUCUUAAGAGGAAGACCGUGCAGAUCUCAAAGAUGUUAUUCAGCCAGUGAGCAGGUACUUGACAUGCUGUUCAGGGUAGGUUGAAAAAAAUGUCUUUUUUUUCCAAAACAUGCAUUAAAAUCUGAGUUUUAUGCUAAAGGCAAAAUGUUUAGGCUUGCUUAUUAAAUGUGUGGAACUAAUUGUAUGGUUAAAUACACACCCCAAACUAUUUGGGAAGUUUGAAAGCGAGUUAGUAUUACUAACAAGCAAGAGCUUCAAAACCAGCUUCAUUUCUGGAGUCCUAACUGCUACUCUAUAUGUGUAUAUGUACACAUCCAUAUGCAUGUUUUACCCUUGGAGAGGAUAGUUUUUCUAACUCAGAGUUAUUCUCAUACUAGCAAGGCAGUAAUAAUUCCUGCCACUGGUGAAAAUUAGUUUUAUAGCUCUACUACACUGAAAUAAAAUUAGGACAUUACUUAUUGAAGAGGUAGAAUUUUUCAGUCUGUAUUGAGAAAUGUUUUCUGCAUUACAGCCACCUUCAUGUGUUGGAAACAAACAUUGGUUUGCUUUAUCAUUUCAGACAGAUGCUAUUUUUUCCCCCCCUUAAUGGCGGCUAAACAAUAUUAGGGAUCAAAAUUGCAGAAAAUGGACUUAGGCAGCAUAAAGAACGUUUCAGGAAGAAACAGUGGAAUUUUUUUCAAAGGUGUAAAGCAAUUAGACAUUCUUAAUGCUCUGGAUUUCAGUAAGCAUUUUUGGCCUUUGGAUUUUUGGGUUAUGUUCAGAGGGCCCUAAUGAUUUCUUACUGAAGUCAAUAGAUUUCCUUGAGGUUAUAAGACAAAUCCCUGCCUUGAUUUAUUUCCUUUAGUUAAAUGAAAGAUUCUGUUAGGCUUAGAAAAGGGAUCAGAGUCAAUUUACUCUCCCUUUAGACAUGAAAAGAGGAUUUUUAUCAUGUCUGAGAAUAUCUUAAUUGUUUUUUAAAGGGUGAAGCAUGCUCAGCAAGUUUCUUGCAUAUAUUAAAUACAGGCAUG